CGCUUGAGAAUUAGAGGAAAGUUUGGAGCUAAUAACRAGAACAACAAGRAAGAACAAUCGAAAAAUUCAAACUCACUUCUUUGAGCAAUACUCGAGAGGUCUGAUCGACCAUGUCAAACGAAACCGUUCAUUGUUGUCAUCCGAAUAUURAUGKUGCCUUGCCGCCACCGCAUCCAAUCCACGGGAAUGACACGUACCGCAUGUGGUCGAUGGUCAGCCUGAAGAACCAGAGCUUCUUGAAGAGAAAUUAUCAGGACCAGUCACUGCUGUUCGAUGGAGAUGUUCACGUCGAUCCUAUGAAAUCUGUCUUCGUAAACAUUGAAGUGAAAAAUGCUGGCUCUUCAACCCAAAAGCUUUAUCGACUUCAGUUUGCUGACCCUAACGAUGACAAUAAAGUCUUCAUGAUCACUGGCGAGAUGCAAAACGGCAAACCUGUGGUCACGCUGAAGCAUGUUGAUGAAACCUCCAAUACACCAAACGGAGCUAAGUUUGAGGCGAUUACCUAUUACGCCUUCACAAUGUUCCGUUGCUUCAGCGUGAAUGGCCAGACAGACCUGUACCUGGCAUCAGACAGGGAUGGAAAGGUCCUUUUGAUCGAUGGAGGAAUCACAAGAUACCCCAAUCCUGCAAUGCUUUUCAUCGCUAAUCAAGUCAUAUAAACCAGUACCCAAGGAUACAUGCAACUUGAAAAUGCUUUCUACUAUAUUAUCAUUGAAAUGCAACCCGGUAAGUGCAAUGCCUCGUUUGCAAACUAGCAUUUUAACGACCGUCAAUUAAAGAGCAGAAAUAAAAAACAAUAUCUUGAGAAAGAUUUUAGACUGAGUUUUAUAUAUUCAAAAAGAYUUUAGAGGAUUGGAGGGUUAAAAACUUUAAUUCAGUCCAAAAUCUACCUAAAGAUAGUUUUUUUU